AUGCUUCGCACAGGCACGAACUCUCUCGCGGCCGCCCUCUCUGAGCUGGGCUUUAAGCACGUCUUCCACGGUCUGGAUUCCCGGACGAAACCAACGCACUGGGCAUUCUUCGAGCGAGCCGCCAUCGCGACUUGGCCUGAAGUGAACGCAAAGGGCCAGACACCUCCUCCCACGCCGUUCACUCGAAAAGACUGGGACGAACUCUUCGGGUCGUACGACGCGGUGACCGACCUGUCUUGUUUCUGGGCAGUGCAGCUGAUCGAUGCCUAUCCCGAUGCCAAGAUCAUUCUCACGGAACGCGACUUUGACAAGUGGUUUCCAAGCUUCGACAGCCAAGUUAUCCAACCGCUGUUUGGGCCGUGGGUUGAUGUAUUUCUCAAGGAUGGAUGGGAGCCUCUUUGCAAGUUCCUUGAGAAGGACGUGCCCAAAGACAAAUCAUUCCCGAGAGUCAAUGACAAGGCUUCCCAUACUGAGUCGGACAGAGUCAUACGCCGAGCAGCUUGGCUCCAGGCUGCCCGGGCGGUUGUCCCGUAUGCCAUCGCCAUCACGGCUGCGUACUUGGGAUGUGUCUAUUGGAGUCGCAUCGUUUGA